AUGCAGCAAAAUAACGCCCCGGAGUUCAUCCUCGAAGCCUUUGCGGACCCGGCCUCUGUUCGGGACGUCGUCAAAGGAAUUCUACACACAAUCUUCUUCCACCGUUUCUUCCCCGCCGUGGUCCCCUACACUAGGGAGGUCCUGGACCUGACCCUCCCCUACGUCGACGAUGUCGAGCUCGAGACCAUGAUCGAGCAGCGCGCCACCGCCCUCGUCCGCCAGCUCGACGCCGAGCGCUCCUCCUCAGGAUCAACGGGCUCAGGCGGCGGCGGUCGCGGCCAGCUCACCGUCCAAUUCUUCGAGAAGAAGCGCCGCAAAGCCUGGCUCAUGCGCGGGGAUGAGGAGGUCUGCUGGGAGUGCUGGACCGUCAAAGUCACGGUCGCAGAGCCCAGGACGGAGACUGAGCGAGCCAAAGUUCGAAAGGCCAUGGAGACGACGCUCAUGACGACCGUCAUGAAGGUCAUCACCUUUGUCAACGCCCACAAGGAUCACAUCCCUCCGAUAACGACGCAGGGGUCGAACCCAUUCCCCUAUCAGAUCAACAUCAACCAAAAGGAGUCGGGCUGGGCCACGAGGAUGGGAAUAUACUGA